UAUGCUUGUUGUGUAUUCUUAUAACGAAAACAUUAAAUUAGAAAUUUGAAAGAAAUAUUAUAUGUUUUAGAUUUUGAUAAAUGAUAAUACGGAAAUGCAUAAAGCUGAUCAAAACAUAAGCUAUGAGACAAAGAAACCGAAUCAUGUAAGAAGAUUGAACUUUGGCCAAUCGAUCCUAACCUUAAACGUAGUUAAGCAAUUUCAAGGGCAAAAAGAUGGUGUAUUGUUAAUUGAAAAAAAUGUGGCAGAUAUACCUUACAUCGAAAAGGGCGAUUUUGUGCACAAAUGGAUAGAAACUCACGUUAAUUAUGCUAUCGAUUCAAAAGAAACAUCUUCCGUUCUGGAUCAUACGUCGGUUAUCACAGAUCAUCAAAGUUCUAUUACCGAUUCUACGAGAACUUCACCGAUAUUUGGUAAUCAAUGUACAAGUAAAUUUAUUAGAGAAAAAGUUAAAUUAGAGAAUAAUGGUAUAAACAACAUUGAAAAUAUACAUUCAAAUGAUUCACAAAAUACAAGUACUAAAGAAAGUGGAAGUAGUAAACGUAUGAGAAUAGAUAAUAAUGAUAAAAAGAAAAAUAUAAGAAGGAAACUAUUUGAUUCUCAAUCUAUUACUGUUCCGUAUGAAUCAUCUGAUGCAAAUGUUUCUCCUAUACUUGUCAAGAAUUCUUAUUCUUACAAAAGAAGCCGAAGAAAAUAUGAAGAAGAAAAUGCACAGCGAAAAGCCUUAGAUAGCAUUGAAAAUAAAUAUGUUACAAAUGAUGUUACGACAUCCCCUUUAAUUCAUACUAAAAUAUAUAAAGUCAAAAAAUCUCCUAUUUUGAUUAAAAAUUCUUACAAACGCAAACGUACUGAACAAAAAAAGGAAAUUCAAGAAAUAGAAAAUAAUUAUGUAAAUUCUGACAUAAAUUCUAUGAAUUCUUGUAAUUCGAUUGAAGUACCCUUGAAAAAGAAAUGGGAAAUCUUAAACAGUCAAAAGAAACGUGCAUUGUUAAAAAAAUUAGAAGAUGGUUUUAAAGUCAGUCAUUUAAAUUAUUCAGAGAAAGAUUUAGAAUCUACAGAAUCGUGUUCAUCAAUGUAUAAAAAAAUAUUAAAUAUAGAAGAUAGUCCAAAGGAAAUAAAAGAUGUUGUGAAAAUUGAAAUUGAGACUAGUGAAGAUGAAGAUAACGAUAGUAUUAAUAAUACUGUAAAUAUAAGUAAUGAUACUGAUAAUGAUUCUAGCAUUCAUGAUAAUAUAGAAGAUACAGAUACAGAUUAUAUUAAUAAAAAUCAUAAUCAUAAUUUAGCAUUUCCUGUUUCGAAAUGCACAUCGAUAAAUUCACAAAUGUCCGAUAAAGAUUCGGAUGUAACAUUUUUUUUAAAAGGGGAACAACUUUCGCAUAAGUUCAUUAACGUACGAUCUUCUCAGAAAAUCUCUCAAUUUUCAACCCAAGUUACAAACAUUACGGAUAAUAUAUCGAGUCAAACUGGAAUUAUUAUUAAUACAAAAACACCACCACAAGAAACUUUGGCAGAUGCUUCGGUGCAAUUAACUAUAUUAGAUUCGGGUAAAAAAAGAAGGAAACCUAAAAAAGGUAGUUUGUUGGAAAAAUUACAAUCAACGAUUAAUAGACAAGUAUCGUUUGUACGUAUAUGGAGACAUCAAUUAAAACAAACAAUACAACAAAAUACUCCUAUGCCAUGCAUUACUGUUUAUGUGCAAACAUGCAUAAAUCGCUUUGGUAGACAAUUCUUGAAUGGAUUUGUGAUCGAAGAUCCAUUCGAUUUAUUUUUGCAUAAAAAAGAAAAUAAUUCCGUUAAAUUUAUAAAGAUCAUGACGAUUCCCGAAAUAGUAGGUGUAAUAAUGUCUAUAACUCAAGAUCGACCUGAACUUUAUGAAGAAGUGAAGCUUUACAAGAAUGCAAGAGAAAGAGAAAAGCAUGACAAUCAAGCUGAUCUAUACGCAGUUGUGAAUACAUUGCAGCAUUUAGAGAAAGCUUAUAUCAGAGAUUGUGUGACUCCAAAAGAAUAUACAGCUGCUUGUAGCAAAUUAUUGGUGCAAUAUAGAGCAGCUUUCAAACAGGUACAAAGCGAUCAAUUUCCUACAAUAGAUGCAUUUGCUAGAGCAUUUCGAUUAGAUUGUCCAGCAGCACUCGAGAGGAUCAAGGAAGACAGACCAAUCACCAUAAAGGAUGACAAAGGCAAUACAUCUAAAUGCAUCGCUGAUAUCGUUUCUUUGUUCAUUACGUUAAUGGAUAAAUUACGAUUAGAAAUCAAAGCGAUGGAUCAGUUACAUCCAGAUUUAAGAGAUCUAGUGGACACCAUGAAUCGAUUGAGUAUAUUGCCAAGCGAUUUCGAUGGAAAAGAAAAAGUUGCCGAAUGGCUACAAACUUUGAAUAAUAUGUCCGCUUCCGAUGAAUUAUCCGAUAAUCAAGUCAGACAAUUGAUUUUCGAUUUAGAAACAUCUUAUAAUGCAUUUAAUAAAAUUCUUCAUAAUUCUUCGUAAAUUUGAUAAUUAAAUCUUUGCGUUACAUCGGAAUCCGUAAUGGAUCCUUUAUCACUUUGUAUCAUCGAUUUUUCAAAGUUUUUUCAAAUGUUGCCAUAGUUUUAUCUUGUCACUGGUUAAAUCACAAAACAAUAUUUAGAAACAACUAUUUUAUACACGAUUCUUUAUAAUGCGAUAUUUACGCGACAUAUUGUAUGUAACAUACAAAACGAUGUACAUAUAUAUAUGGUUUAAUUUAAUUGAAAAAAAUAAAAAUAAUUAUAGGUGCUUAUU